AUGUCCAGCGUCGGACAGGACGCUCUGCGUGAAGAGAAUCGUAAGCUGCAGACCGCGCUGCAAGAAGCUUUACAGCUAAAACAGGAGGCCGCCCAAUAUGGACUGCGAAUCUUGGAGGAGAAGCAGUUACUUCAAGCUCGGUUUGACGAGCUAGUGCGAAGUUCGGAGGAGGUACAGGAAGAGUUGAAACUGUCGAAACAGAAACUGGAAGAACAAAGCAUGAUACAGCGAAGAUUGAGCAAAGCUGGCUUCGAAGAGGAGCAGGAUUUACUUUCCAAGUACACAAAUCGCGAAGAACAGUUGGUCAACCGUGUAAAGGACCUGGAGGUUGAAAUCAAAGAUCUUAAGGGCAAGUUGGAACGCCAAAUGGCGGAUAAUGAUGGAUUGCAUCAAAAGUAUUCGGAUCAGGUGACGAAGUUUGAGGACCUUCAAACACUCUAUCAGCGACUGAAGUCAGAAAUGAAGGAGGCAAAAUCGAAGGAAACACGCUUGCUCAAUGAGUUCGACGACCUUGAAGCGGAGAAUCUUGACUUGCAAAAGACCAUUCUCUCACUUAAAACGAGCCAGCUUAAUAUUUCUAUCAAGGUCGAAUUCGAGAGUUUGCGACACGAAUUUAAGCGGAUGCAAGAAGAAAAUGACAUGAUACACAAUCAACUCGAAGAGAUUACUCGGUUGAAAAGGAUGACGGAGAAGUCUUUAGAAGAGGCCCUGGAAUCACUGCAAAUCGAGCGUGAUCAACGUCACAAUCUUCGGAAAGAAUUGGACAGUCGAUUGACUUCGGAAUCUAUGUAUCAUUUCGGCAGUAUUCAUAGUGAGUUGAAGGGCUCUGUUAGUCUGCUCUAUUCCGGGCGCGAUAACACCACUCCUGCCGCUGACAUAUCGAUUGAAAAGGUUGAGUCCUCGGUGCUUAGUCAAAUGGAACCUAACUCUGUUGCAGCACAUAACAAUCGUGAUGACGGUCUCCUGUCUGCCUCGAUGGUCAAAACUACAAAUGGGACUCCCAAUCUCGUAUCUCCCGGUGACCUGUUCACUGAGAUUCGUUCUUCAGAAAUGGCCAAAUUCCAGACUGAAUUGGCUCAACUCGAGACAGAAAAGAAGGAGUUAGUCCGAAGCCUAGAAGACACCCAACGAUCGCUGGAACUCGCUACGAGUGAGGUGUCAAACAAACAGGAGCGUAUCAAUGGUCUGUUGGCCCAGCUGGAUGCCAUAAUGUCGGUCAAGUCGGAGGCCGAUUCCGAAUUCGAGGCCAAGGAAGCAGAACUGGGCUCUUUGGGUGACGUCAGUGGAAUCCAUGGAAAGGAUGCAAUGGCCGACUCAUCAUUGUCUUUGCUUAUGCACUUGGAUGACAAUGUUGAUGAGGCCAUAAAGUCCCAACCUGCCUACAAGCGUCUCCGCAAGGCACUACGAUUAAGCGAGAACCGGUAUUCGGUCGCCUUACGUCAAAUAGGCAGCAUGCAACACGAUUUGUGGCGUUACCACGAGCGAGAUAAGUUGGACGCUCGACCGGAUUUGGCGACUGAGGAAGGAUUGAAAAAGGAGGUAUUGCAGCUACAAGCCAGCUUGGACCAGCGUGCUGAAGAAAUCAAAAAUUUACAGAAUUUGUUGACAACUCGCCAGAUGUCGAUUGAAGCAAUGGAGAAGCAAGUAAUUGCUUGUUCCAAGGAUAUCCGACGAGUUGUUGUCUGUUUAUUGGACAGCUAUACUAUGGUCUGUUCGACAAUGAAGGAGGAUCCACCUAAACAUGUUGUAGAACUAACUCAACGCCUAGGAAUCCCACUCAACAACUUCAGCAAAGACUCUCCUGAGGGUUCCAUUGCUUCUGAUCACACGGCAGCGACAGAAGAGGGAGAUCGCUGUCUGGCAAACGACACAGCAAGUGGCCCUGCAACAGAUGCCCUCCUGGCUGGGAUUGAUGGACAACUACUCAUCGCCAACCAGCUUCGUCACUUGCUCAACACAUCCAUGGAGCAGUAUACCCAAUUGCUUAAUCAGUCCACCGGCCAAAGCAACUUAGACCUGGAAGAGGCACAACAACAAAUAUUCCGUCUGAAAGGAACCGUGGAGACCAAGCGAGAACAAGUUGUGGCUUUGCGAAACAUGCUGCGGGCGAAUAAAGCCACUGCCGAAACUGCUCUGGCCAAUUUGAAACAAAAAUAUGAGAACGAAAAGCUGAUUGUUACGGAUACCAUGCAAAAGUUGCGCAACGAGUUGAAAACGCUGAAGGAGGACGCAGCCACCUACGCCUCACUGCGUGCCAUGUUUGCGCAACGAUACGAUGAGUAUGUGACACAGAUGGAUGAGUUACAACGCAAGUUGAAUCUUGCUGAAGAUGAGAAACGAACUGUGAAUUCUUUACUCCGCCUGGCCAUCCAACAGAAGCUAGCUCUGACGCAACGCCUAGAAGAGUACGAAGUCGCGAACGAACAGCGAGAUUCCCGUGUUUUGUAUUCACAUUCACAGGCGCCACCCUAUGGUAUCCCUUCCCAGCACCAAGUCUUUCAAUCGACCAACCCCAUUCAGGCGGGUAACGUGAACAGUCUAUUACCAAGCCCAAUGCAUCCAGCUCAGUCCUCCUAUCCAGUUAGCAUGUUCAAUCAACGACAUCCAGCCCCCGCAACAUCGCACUAUGUUGCUCAUCCGGACCCGGCCUCCACCAACCUUCCCAACAUGUCAGCUAUGCCAAAUCCCGUGUUACCUGUACAUCAUACCGUCCUCAGUCCCCAACACUAUAACCCCAAUAAUCAGCCCGGUGCAAACACGAAACCCGUUUCCGCUGGCGUAGAAAGGCAGAAACCACCUACACAGACCAAACGUAUGCUGCAUUCUGAGCACAACGAUCUAUCUUCACCCUCUCUCAUCUCACUCACAUCCACUUUUAUUCCAAAACAUCACAAACAAGUGAUUCAACUGGGUUCCAGGAAAGAAAGAAAGAAAGCGUCCAGCUGUAGCAUCCCUUCGGUGCCUAGCUGCCAUGUCACCCGAAGGAAGCACGAGGGCUGGGAUACUGCCAGGUUGCCCAAGCCUAGACAGGGGAAGUCGAGUGGCGGAGGUCAUAUUCGAACCACGGACCUUCCGUUGUUAGGCGGAAUUCCACACGGAUCCCUCUUUACCGCUCGCACGCAGGUGCUGCUGGCCGAGAAGUCCAUCCCACGCAAGACUGGCCAGGAAUCCGGGACGCUUGCCGGUCCGGCAUCAAGACGAGAUCCGAUUGGUCGAAACACAGCCAUCAAUUACGAGUUCAGAAGGUUUCUAAGGCUAACUGAGUAG